ACUAUAAAUCGCGGGACUAAAAGGUGAGCAGGGUUAUGGACUCUUAACAGCGAUUGCUGGUACAACGUAUUCUUAACACCACCAGUGACUCGCAUACCAUUCUCAACAUGGGUGCAACCUCUAAUUCAUCUUCUUAACCACAUUCCUUGUAAAAUACCACCGCCUAAACCAGGAUGUCUUGCUUUCAAUACAACCAUCACAGAAGAUGAUUACAUGGCUGUCUCAGGCCAACUCGGUAAUCCAGGUGAGUUAUGCGAAACUUUCGUAAUACUCCAACAAGCCUUUUAACCAUCACCCUCUCAACUUGGUGAUAUAUUCAUGCCCGGUAUUAUCGACUCCGCAGCAACGCGCGGGUCUCCCACUAGUUAAUAUAGAUGUAUAAGUUUAGGGGUCUUUUUCAUGUGAUAUAUAAAACAAAAAGAUUGCCACUUUCGUCUUGUUCCACCCUGACCAAAACAUAUGUAUGAACACCAUUCCCACACGCUCUUCACAAACCCAAAUCAACCCCUCCAAAUUCCCAUUUCUUUCCUCUCUAAAUCCAUCCACCAAUAACACCACAUGCAUGUAUCCCACCAUUAACCAAAACCCAUCAAAUCCACCAUCAUGAUGGACAUUAACGACCACCCAAUCCUCAACAAACUAAUCGCCACCGUCAAAAAACCAUCAUGGGCUUUUCCCCUCCUUCUCUUCACCCUCUUCAUCAUCCUAAGCCUCCAAAUCACCAAAAACGAAUCCGGGUUCUCAACCCGACCCGUUUCCCAUACGGGUUUUCAGUUUGAGCUAUCCGGGUCGGGUACGUGUGACGGGUCGGUGCCGGUGCGGGCGGUGAAGAGGUCGAUUGUGGAGUUUGGUGGGGUCGGUGACGGAGUGACGUCCAAUACGGCGGCGUUUAGGGCGGCGAUGAGGUGGAUGAAGGAGUUUGAAGGGAGGGGUGGGGCCCAGUUGAUUGUUCCUAAGGGGCAAUGGGUUACUGGUAGUUUUAAUGUUGUGAGUGAUUCUACUUUGUUUCUUGAAGAAGGUGCUCUUGUCAUGGGCUCUCAGGAUCCGAAAGAAUGGCCUAUAAUCGAGCCAUUACCAUCUUACGGAAGAGGAAGAGAAAGAUUGGGAGGGAGACAUAUAAGCUUGAUUCAUGGUGAUGGUCUCACAAAUGUUGUCAUUACAGGGCAAAACGGAACAAUCGAUGGGCGCGGCAAGAUGUGGUGGGACCUAUGGUGGAAUAGGACAUUGGAACACACUAGAGGCCACCUUGUUGAAAUCAUGAACUCAAAGAAUAUACUCAUUUCCAACCUUACAUUUCGCAAUUCUCCAUUUUGGACCAUCCACCCUGUUUACUGCAGUAAUGUUGUAAUAAAAGACAUGACAAUAUUGGCUCCGCUAAACGCUCCGAAUACUGAUGGCAUAGACCCAGAUUCAUGUACAAACGUAUGUAUCGAAGAUUGUUACAUAGAGAGCGGGGAUGAUCUUGUAGCCGUAAAAAGCGGGUGGGACCAAUACGGGACAUCCAUGGCCCGCCCGAGCUCCAACAUUAUCAUCAGACGAGUAUCGGGAACAACCCCGACAUGUUCAGGAGUCGGGAUCGGUAGUGAAAUGUCAGGCGGUGUUUCAAACAUCCGAGUGGAAAAUCUUCACAUCCGAAACUCGGCAGCCGGUGUUCGAAUAAAAACCGACAUAGGUAGAGGGGGGUAUAUUGAAAAUAUCACAAUUACAAACAUUACAAUGGAGAAUGUUAAGGUGCCCCUAAGGUUUAGCCGAGGUGCCGAUGACCACCCUGAUGACGGGUGGGACCCGAAAGCCCUACCGAAGAUUAAGGGUAUAUUUAUAAGUAAUGUAGUUAGUUAUAACUCGAGAAAAGCGCCUAUGCUGCUAGGGAUGGAGGGUGCGCCUUUUGAAGGAAUAUGUAUGAAAAAUGUUAGUUUGCUUGGUUUACCGCCAACGGCGCGAUGGAACUGUGAACACAUAUCGGGAUUCGUUAAUGGUGUUUUGCCGGCACCGUGUUCGUUGUUGCAAAGAAACGCGUCGGUCACUUGUGCAUAGGGGAUUGAUACGGAGUUGAUCCAUGAGCUGGCAGACUCGUAUUUGGAACAACGGGACAUAGACAAACGGGGCUAGAAAAGGUUGACUUAAAAUGGGCAUAACUUGGACUGUGUCUGGUGUUAUGUGGCCCAUAAGUAAUGGACAGAAACGUUUCAACGGGAUGGAUCAUGUGGCAAACACCAUAGGCGAUUAGUCCCAACAUUUGGACCCAAAUUUCAUAGUCAAAGAUUUUCCCCCAAUUAUUUGAGUUUUAAUUCUUUUUUUUUCAUGGAAAAAACGUGUGAAUAUUUGUUUUGGGCAAUUCACAUGUUUCUUUAGGAAGUCAAUUCAUAAUUUUACAGUAAAUUUCUAUUUUUUAAACUCAGCUCAAUGUGUAUAUUUGGAUGUACCUUACAAAAAAAAAGGUUUAUUGGUUUAAUUAAUCAAUAAUAUUUUCUUUA